AUGCAAAACAACGCUGUGGACAGACAAACGCUCGCAACGAGCGUUUCUGGAAAUGCAGCAGUUUCAAAUCUUUCUAGUGCGCUCCGCCAGGUCAAUUUGGGAAACAGCAACACUACCACCGACCAAAGUAACAUUAAUUUCGACAUCCAGAGUCGAAUGAACCGGCAGCAACUGCUCAGCGAAGUCCAGCGAAACUCGCUUAACGCUCAACAAGCAGAGGAAAUGAUUCGCCAGCGGAUACGGGAGCAGCAGCAAAUGCAACAGCAGCAGCAGCAGCAACAACAACAACAACAACAGCAGCAGCAGCAGCAACAACAACAACAACAACAACAACAGCAGUUCAUGGGCCCAUCACAAAUAGACAGCUCCAGAAUUACCAAGUUUUUUCAAAAUCAGCCAGAAGAAGGGUACACUUUGUUCUCACACAGGUCCGCUCCUAACGGUUUCAAAGUGGCCAUCACAUUGAGCGAACUGAACCUGCCCUACAACACGAUUUUCUUGGACUUCAACCUGGGUGAGCACAGAGCCCCCGAUUUCGUUGCCAUAAAUCCCAACGCCCGUGUUCCAGCGCUUAUCGACCAUGCCAUGGACAACUUGGCCAUUUGGGAGUCGGGAGCCAUCAUUCUACACCUUGUCAACCGUUACUACCGUGAAACCGGCGAACCAUUACUGUGGUCCGACAACAUCGCUGACCAGUCGCAAAUCACCGCGUGGCUGUUUUUCCAGACAUCUGGUCACGCUCCCAUGGUCGGGCAAGCUUUACAUUUCAGAUAUUUCCAUUCACAAAAGGUACAGAGCGCUGUAGACCGCUACACUGACGAGGUAAGGAGGGUCUACGGGGUUGUAGAAAUGGCUCUGGCGGAGCGAAGAGAGGCUCUAAUUAUGGAGCUAGAUACUGAAAACGCUGCAGCGUAUUCUGCAGGAACUACGCCGUUGUCGCGCAGUAGAUUCUUCGAUUACCCAGUAUGGCUGGUGAGCGAGAAAAUCUCCAUUGCCGAUCUUGCGUUUGUGCCAUGGAACAACGUUGUGGAUCGCAUUGGUAUAAAUAUCAAGCUCGAAUUUCCCGAAGUGUACAAAUGGACCAAACAUAUGAUGAGAAGGCCAGCCGUGAUUAAAGCACUUCGCGGAGAAUAA